AUGUUUGGGAAACAAGACAAAAUGGACGUUAGAUGCAGCACAGAGACUGAAGCCAAUCGGGUCUCGAAGAACGGACACAAGGAGGGCAAGGACAGCAAAGGGGCUGAAGGAAAUAUCUCUACUUCUUUUCUGAAGGAGCAACAAGGGACUUUUUCUGCCUCCGCAGCUACCGAAGACUGUAAUAAAACUAAAUCUGGUUCGGCGGAUCCGGACUACUGCAGGAGGAUCUUGGUCAGAGAUGCCAAAGGUUCCAUCCGAGAGAUCAUCCUACCCAAAGGCCUCGAUUUGGACCGUCCCAAGCGGACCCGCACCUCCUUCACAGCCGAGCAGCUCUACCGCCUAGAGAUGGAGUUCCAGCGGUGCCAGUACGUGGUGGGGCGGGAGCGCACCGAGCUGGCCCGGCAACUGAACCUCUCCGAGACUCAGGUACCACCGGGACCGGCCCUGCUCGGGCUGCGAAAUGCCGCGUCUCCCGUAUUCCGGCGGCUCCGCGGCCCUGCGCGCAUUUUGCGCGCCCCGCGCAGGCCCCUGGAACGGAGGGUUGGGGAAGGGUUGAAUAGAGGCCGGGCCCGAGGUGCCCACACGCCGCGAGGACGCGGAGGGGGAAUCGCGGAGCUGCGAGGGGAGUCGGAGGCCCUGAGCCGGCUGUGCGCGCUGCGGACAGCUCCGAGAGCUGCUGCCGGGCUGCGCUGCGCUGCGGCCGGCUCUGAGAGCCCGUCGUGCGUCCGAGGGGAGUGCGGGGCUCCGCACCCCCCGACCGCCGGCACCGCGGCGGGGCCGCCCCCUCCGGCGGCGCUGCACGGAGCGGCCGCCGCCGCCGCCGGGCACGGGCUCUUCGGGCUGCCGGUGCCCACGCUGCUGGGCUCGGUGGCGGGGCGGCUCUCCUCCGCGCCGCUGGCCGUAGCGGGCUCGCUGGCGGGCAACUUGCAGGAACUGUCGGCCCGCUACCUGAGCUCGUCCGCCUUCGAGCCCUACUCCCGGACCAACAAUAAAGAAAGCGCUGAGAAAAAAGCACUGGACUGA